ACUGCUAAGGAGAGGAGGGGGGUUUAAUUGACAAAAAGGAUAUCUGGAAAUAGCAGCGCCUCAGAUCGGAUUACAGCCCUUUCUUUUUGUUUGUCUUCUCUUCGUCCUCGGCCAGCUUCCUCCCAAAACCAUUCUGGUCUUUUGCGCCACUGUACAUUCUUCUUUCAAGAGCUACAGAAAAACCGUUGCAUCAACAGCUAUCAGGUGGCCCUCUCUGACAGUCCCUCCUGCAUGAUUGCUGUGAGGGCCAAGCGUGGCUCUGCUCCGAGCAUAUUUCUGUGCCUAUGUUUGUCUAGACCUACUGUUGCAAUCGGGCAACAUAUCCCACAAGUACACAGGGGUGUGUGGAUGUCGGUAAGGUACUUCAGAAAAGUGAGAGCAGAACAAGGUCAUCGUUGGUCACGGACAAUAAGCAGGAGCCAAACUGCUCCUGUUUUUGCUACCGUUGGGUAUGGCUAAGAAUGCGUCCAUCGUUGUUUCUGGUGAACACAUCAGCCAGGCACCUCGUGUGCAAAGUCGCUAUUGAGCCAGAAACAACCCUCGUCAACACCCCCAAAACCAAAACCAAAACCAAAACCAAAACCUCCCUUGGAUGGCCCACGGGUCAUCUGAGUUCGCAGGAGCGCAACCCCC